AUGCCGGCCGCCUUGUCCGCCGUUGCCACCCAGGCUCCCACGGCGGACGCGAAGGCCAAAGUCGAGAAACUGCGGGAAAAGCUAUUGCAGCUGAAGAAGGGCACUGGGCAGGAGGUCGCGGCAGAGCCUUCGGAAGCGACAGAUGCGACAGCAGAUGGCGCACAAGGUACCGCCUCGGAUUCGGUGGCAUCGUUCCUGUCUGAGGCGGCGAACCGACAGCGGCUGCGGGCCCUGGCGCAGGAGCUCGCAAAAAAGCGCGGCAGCCAAGCGGCUGCCCCGGCGGCAUCUGCUUGGAAGGCACGACUGACGCCAGCCCCUGCAGAGGAGAAAGUUGCUGUGGAGGUUGGCAACCAGGGGGAUGGGCUCUUGGACGACUUCGUGGCCCGAUCGAAGGUGGCUGUCGAGAGCAAGGACAGCCCCCAACCGAAGCAGAAGAACGGAGGCGCAGUAGCCGACGAGCGGAGGAAGAAGAAGGUGAAGAAGGAGAAAAGGAGGCGGAAAGAGGCCGAAGCGGGCCCGGAAGAGCAGGAGCCGCCGACAGACCAGCUUGCACUGACCGAGGAGGAGGAGGAGACGGAGGAGAACCGGCACCUCGAUGAGGACGAGGAGUACGUGCAGACGGAGGAAGCCGAGCAGUCCGGAGAGGCCGCGGAGGAGGCCCUGGAUUCUGGAUGUCUCAGAUUGACUUUGCCCCGCUGCCUUGUGAACAGAUCCCUCUAUCCCCUCCGAAGGGAAGAGGGUGUGCAUGCUUGCGUCAAGUGGGCGGCCUUGGCUGCCCCUCCCUGCGGCGAUGUCUUCGGUGUCUUCAAGACUAUCAGUGGCCAUCGUCGUCUACAAGAUCAACGGCUUGCAUGA